UUAGGUAUUACUAUUAGGAAUUUAGGAGUGAAUAUGAGUAGCUCUGGUCUGGGUAAUGGAUUUUUGUCGGGUUACUCUGGUGGAUUCUUGGGAAUGAAUAGGCCUCAACAACCUCAAUUGAAUGGUAAUGAUGUGGGUAAUAAUCGUAUUCAAUCAUCAAUGGAUCUUAAGAUGGAGCUUGAAAACGGGAAGCGUAUUGAGCUGCUGGAAAGUAAGGGUCCUGCCCAAAAAGGUUUUACAAUGACUUUUGGUAAGGAUAAGAGAGUUUUUUGUAAUAAUGAUAUGAGUGAUGAGGAUGAGCCGAGCCUUGCAGAGGAUGGGAAUGGCGAGAACGAGGAUGAGGCACCGGGGAAAAAGGGAUCUCAGUGGCAGAGAAUGAAGUGGACAGAUAGCAUAGUUAAGCUUCUCAUACAAGUGGUUGCGUAUGUUGGGGAUGACGUUUGUUUGGAGGGUCCAGAGGGUUUGAAGAGAAAGUCCGGUUGCAUUCAGAAGAAGGGUAAAUGGAAAACGGUCUCAAAAAUUAUGAUAAGUAAAGGUUGUCAUGUCUCACCCCAGCAGUGCGAGGAUAAAUUCAAUGACUUAAACAAGAGGUACAAGAAAUUGAAUGAUAUUCUCGGGAGAGGUACUUCUUGUGCGGUGGUGGAAAAUCCUGCUUUGAUGGAUUCGAUGCCUCAGCUCUCUGCAAAGGCCAAGGACACCGUAAAGAAGAUACUGUGCUCAAAACAUUUGUUUUACAGGGAAAUGUGUGCUUACCAUAAUGGACAAAAAAUACCAGAUUGCAGUGAUCUUGAGUUACAAAUUCAUUCUUCAUCAGUUGCCACGCACUGUUCAAAGGAUAAUAAUGGCUGCCCAGGAGACGAAGCUGAAGAAAAUGAUGAUUCUGUGGACGAUGAAUCCGGUGAUGAAGAAAAUAAUACUGCUAGUGGUGAUGCAGUAAAGACGGGAACUUGUUAUGAGAGAAGGGAAAAUGAACAAUCUGUUGAUAAUGAUUGUUUUGGAGUUGAAAUAGAUGAGUUCUUUCAGGACCCUACAAAAUCCCAAUGGGAACGGAAAGCAUGGAUUAAGAAACGGAUGCUACAAUUGGAAGAAGAGAGGGUUGGUAUUGAAGAAGAAGCCGUUGAGUUGGAGAAAAGGCGAUUUAAGUGGCAAAGAUUUUGCAGUGAGAAAGAUAGAGAGCUCGAAAUUGAAAGAUUGGAGAAUGAGAGGUUGAUAUUAGAGAAUAAGCGGAUGGUACUGCAACUGAAACUCAAGGACCACGAAUUAGACCUUCCAACGCCCUGUGUCCCUUUCAAAUCUGGUCCUCUCAGCCUGGAUAGGCCAUAAGUAUCAAUAAUUCCCCAGCAUAGGAGAUCUGUAAGUUUUCCAGUCAACCUGUAAGGUAUAAACCUAACUGGCAGUGCACUACGUUAAACCUACUUUCUGUAAAAUAGGGAAAGUUUCUUUGGUUUUUGUUGUGAUCAUAGCUUGAACUCUUUGUAUUUAAGCAUUAUUUAUGACUCUUGAUUGUUAACAGAUUUUAUUCCAUUUUUGUUUUGAUACUAAA